CCCAAAGCCCCUGCUGAUCUCGCACACGAAAUCCCGCUUUCGCCCCCGUCCUCUUCCCCGCUCCACCUCCCUUUCCCCCUCCCUCCUUACUCCAGUCCUCCCAUGGCUUCCAGUGCCACGGGACCUGCCCGCUCCCCGUGAGUCCGAGACCUCCUCCCCGACCGAGCCCUGCCCUGAUCCCGACCCGGGACCCACCCUUGAUCCGGACCGUCCUAAAUCCCAACGGGGUCUCUGGCGAUGGCGGCGGCCUCCCCGCCGCAGGAUCAGCAGCAGCCGGCGGCGGAGGGGGCCGUUGCGCGGGAGGACCCCGCGGCGCUGACCCCGAGGAGGGCUCGGUUCCCGCGCGCGUGCCACUACCGUCCGAACGCGCCGCCGCUCACGCCCACACCCGCGCCCUCGCCUCCGCCGCCGCGGCCGAGGCGGAACGGGAAUGCGGGGUACGAGACGCCGGAGUACCGCGUGGUAACGCCGCUGGUGGAGGAACCGGCGUCGCCCGCUGAGCUGCCGCGGUGGAGAUUGCGCGGCAUGUGGGAGCUCGCCUCCGUCCUCAACUUCCUCCACGUGUUCCGGCCAUUGCUGAACAUUCCGGUGGAGUUCACUGCAGAGGAGCUGGAGGACGCGAUCAUAACACCCAAUGGAACGUUGGAUGACGUUCAUAUGCCUUUAUUAAAGUCAAUUCCUCCAGUAACUCGAAUGGCCAUGGGACGUGGAACAUGGAUAGCGGUGUUAUGUAAAAAAUUGAAGCACUGGUGGCAUUGGGUUGCAGAAGGCGAUAUACCGAUUGUAGCCUCACAUGGAGCGGAAACUGAGCUUUACAAGGCACUUGAGCCAGGAAUUCGAUUAGUGAUCCUGAAAGCCAUAUGUGAUAUACGCAGUGAGACUCCCAAUGAGAUGCCAUAUGACACCCCUUGUGAGAUGCAAGAGGACGUUCGGAACUUCAUUGAUAGUUCUUUGAAGCAUGGUUAUCAUCUUUCCAUCUUCCGUAAAGAAAGGAUUGGAGGAGAUUCACAUGGAAUCUCAUACUGGUAUGAAGAUGACCCAAUCCUUGGGCAUCGGUUGUAUCGUGAAAUUAGACGAGUGGAGCAUGCGAAGGACUCAACAAAAAAAUCUAAAGGAAAGGGAGUUUCUACUGUUCCGGUUAUCUCCUAUAACUGGGAGGCUGUAGCAUCCAACUUUGAUGAGUUUAAAGUAGCUGCACAGGAGAAACUCUUUUCAAGCAGGAACAGGACAGAAGUCUCUCUUGGCAAGAAGCUGAAGUUCACUUAUCUUCCAGAGAUUGAAAAGAUUCACAAGAAGAAGGAGAAGUUGCUAAAAAAGCAACAAAGAGAAGCCAUCCUCCUUGACAGCUGCUUGACAGUGAAUGGAUUGACAUCUGGCCGCUCUCGACGUGAAAGAAAACAUGUGACUUAUACUUUUGAUGAUUAUGAGCGUUCAAUAAAUGAAGCCAUAAAAACAAUAAGGAAAAAUGAGAAUGCUGUUGAGGUUGGCCCCUCCCCAUUAUGCAAAGGAUUUUAUGGAGAAACUCCAGAGAAGUUGUAUUACAAAGCAAAAACAGAUGAAGGAAAGGCUGAAACUCUCCAUCGCAGCUACAGGCAGAGAAAAAGAUCCCAAAGGUACACAAAGGACUAUGUUGAGGCCAUAUCAGAUAUUGACCUAGAUUUUGACAGCGAUGAUGAUAUCAUGGGUGAAGCAGUCUAUGAUGAGGAAUAUCUUAGAAGAAGGAAACGAUACAAGGCAAGCCUUUCUGAAAAUGAUGAUGAGUUUCAGUUGGAUCAAGUCGCCAAUGAUGGUGAUGAUGAAGUGGGUACUUCUUUGAAUGUUAAUGAAGACACAAAAGAUCUCCAAUGGUACAAAAGAUUUCCACUUCUCACCCCUCAAGGGACCAAGUUGAAAUCUAUUGAUGAAAUCCAAACUGGCAUCCGACGCAGUAAGCGCUCCACCCGUUCCCGUAUUAACUAUCGACAGCUUGAUACUUUUGGCGCAAAUACAAAAUAUGGAAAGUCAGAGAAAUGCAAUGCAUCAGAUCCGGAUGCUAGUUCUGAUGCACUAAAUGAUACGGAGCUCUCAACAAGUCAAGAUCGAGAGGAAGAAGACGGAGUAAACAAAGCACAACAGCAGUACACAGAGAAACCAAUCGUUCCUGUCAAGGAGAGUAGAAGUGUCCGGAGAAAAUUCCUCGUCCUAAAUGAGCUUGUGCCUAUAGCUGGUUUUGAUGAUGCUUCAGUCUUAGUGAAAGAUAAGCACGUGAAUAACAACGGAGGAAAAUGUUCUGCAGCACAUUAGGGCGUUGGGGAAGCUCUUUUUUUUUGGUCACAUGGGUAGCAAAUACUGGGUAGAACUGCUCGCUUAAGCAUGGACCAACGAGAAUCCAAUGAGAUGGUGAUGCAACAUUGGUCUUGUUUGGGCAGACUGCUGCUUACUACUUCCAGUGUCAUGCCAGCGAGGAGAUGAGAUGGUCCAUGGGUGCUGUGUGGCUGAAUUCCCAGCCCAUAAAGCCAAGUCCCUCUCUGAUACUUGGAGGUCUUGCUGAGAUGUGCACUAGGCACACCGCGUCGAUUGGCGCUGUACAAUUGUCACAGCUGUACGUGUAUCUCCUCCAUGUAUAUACAGUGAUUGGGAGCAAUAGCGUCUUCUGGUUUCAGGAUGCCUAUGGGUAGUUGUCUCUUCUUCCUUUUCCCCUCUUCUGAGCAUCUGAAGUUCGGCAAUAAACUCGAUUCAACUGUGGCAUUUACUUAUUUCUGUAUGCGGUAAUUAAUAUCGCUCGAUCUUACACUA